UAAAAAAAAUCACAAGUAUACACUGUUGUAGGCGUAAUCAUCCCAUCAAAAUCCAUCAAAGCUCAAAUUUGUGGCAACAUUUCCGACAGUACCUAAAGAGGGCACGACGACGUUUGGGGCAAAAAAAAGUAAUACGUCAUCUCUCCGCGACACGUCAACACCUCUAUGGUCAACACGCAUUUUUUUAUUUCUUAGCUGAACGCAGUGACAGUCGGCGAAUAUUGAUAAUAAAACUUUCCGCAGUGACUCAAAGCUGUUUUUAUGGCAGCAUUCUGAGAAGUGUAGGUGAAAGUGUUGGUUUGAAUCUAUUAUUUUUUAUUUUAUUUAGUGUAUAAUUUGAUUUGAACGAAAAGCUGCAGCGGCGCGGAGUCAGCAGCUGCAUGUGUCAACAUUUUUGGGGGCAGGCUUUAAUUCACAGAACCAAACAGUCCCGGCCAUUUGUUUAAAGACUAACAGUUCCAGCUUUUAGGCUCUCCUGUGGGUGUCAGGAUGAAUGAAGAAGAACUGGUGGAGUAUUUCAGGGCUCAGAUGAGGAAAGACCCGGACAUGGCCUCUGCUGUGGCCGCUAUCCGCACCCUGCUGGAAUUCCUCAAGAGAGACAAAGGUGAAACGAUCCUGGGCCUGAGGGAGAGCCUGACGUGGGCCACGGACUGUCUGACGGGAGUGGACUCCUCUGUGGCCGUGUCCUCCGGAGGAGAGCUCUUCCUGCGCUUCAUAAGUCUCACAUCACUGGAGCAUCAGGAUCUGUCUCGCUGUAAGAAGGUGAUGGAGGAGAGAGGAGAACUGUUCCUAGAGAAGAUCUCGAUGUCCAGGACCAAAGUCGCAAAGCUCUGUCACACCUUCAUCAAAGACGGCGCUAAAAUCCUGACUCAUUCGUACUCCAGAGUCGUCCUCCGGGUUCUGGAAAAAGCUGCAGCUGAGAAGAAACGCUUCUCUGUCUAUGUGACGGAGUCGCAGCCUGACUCAGCCGGGCGACAGAUGGCAGACGCCCUGAGAAAGCUCAAUGUUCCAGUAACCGUAGUUCUGGAUGCAGCUGUCGGGUACGUCUUGGAGAAAGUCGACCUAGUUAUUGUUGGUGCAGAGGGAGUCGUUGAGAGCGGAGGGAUCAUCAACAAGAUUGGCACUUAUCAGACGGCCGUGUGCUCUAAAGCUCACAACAAGCCCUUCUACGUGGUGGCAGAGAGUUUCAAAUUUGUCCGCCUCUAUCCGCUCAACCAACAGGACGUGCCCGAUAAAUUCAAGUACAAAGCUGAUACCCUGAAGACUGUAAAGAACCUGUCGGAAGAGCAUCCGAUGAUCGAUUACACCCCCCCCUCCCUCAUCACCCUCCUCUUCACCGACCUGGGAGUCCUCACCCCGUCUGCUGUCAGCGACGAACUCAUCAAGCUUUAUUUAUAACUCAAAGUCCUCCAAUAAAAUCCAUUUAUCAAAAGGUAAA